CACCGAAGCUUUUAACGUUGCCGAGACCAAAGAAACUUCCAAGUAGUUCCACAAGUUGUCUUCAGAGAGUACGGGACGAGACGUUGCUGCUGCCCGGUGUCGUUCCUCCGCCGCUGUUAUGUAACUUUUAUCCUGCUCGGUGGACGGGUGGUACAGCUGGUUCGGGCCUGUCCAGUUAACGUUGGCCGAGUUUGGAGGUGAACCAAACUGUACGAUGCAUACGCUGGCGUCAAACGGAUUCAUAAUGGACUCGGGCUCGGAGUUGGUGAAAAUUAAAGCACACUACAGUGGGGACAUGCUGAUCACAGACUUGGCUGCCACAGUAACCUUUGUGGAGCUGUGUGAGGAGGUGAAAACAAUGUGCAGCGUUGCCAGGCAGCAGCCCAUCACCCUCAAAUGGAUUGAUGAUGAAGGGGACCCUUGUACCAUUUCUUCUCAAAUGGAGCUGGAGGAGGCUUUUCGCAUUCACAGUCGAACCAAGUGGUCUGGUUUGCUCCUGCAUGUCUUCCCCAGCAUCCCAGAGCAGCCUGGCAUGCCCUGCCCUGGAGAGGACAAAUCGAUCUAUCGCCGUGGGGCCAGAAGAUGGAGGAAGCUCUAUCGAGUCAACGGACACCUCUUCCAGGCCAAACGCUUUAACAGGAAAGCCUACUGUGGCCACUGUAGUGAAAGGAUAUGGGGGCUGGGCAGGCAGGGCUACAAGUGUAUCAACUGCAAACUGCUGGUCCAUAAGCGCUGUCACAGACUCAUCCCUCAGACCUGCCAAAGGCUUAUGGAUCCAGUCAUGCCAUCACAAGAGCCCCCUUCAGAUGCCAAGAGUGAAGAGGUGGACCUUCCACCAGACGACACAGAGGACACAGAUGGGAUACCGUUUUUACCACACAACUGUGCAGUGGAUAAAACAGAAGAUGCAGAUACAGAGGACAUGAAAGCAGUAGUGGAUGGCAUCGGUGGUAUUAAGCUGUCCCAGGGCCUGGCUCUCGGACUGGGGGACUUUGACUUGAUCCGAGUGAUUGGGCGAGGCAGCUACGCCAAAGUCCUGCUGGUUCGGCUAAAAAAGAACGAGCAGGUGUAUGCCAUGAAGGUGGUGAAAAAGGAACUGGUCCAUGAUGAUGAGGAUAUUGACUGGGUGCAGACAGAGAAGCAUGUGUUUGAACAGGCAUCCACUAAUCCUUUCCUAGUAGGCCUCCACUCCUGUUUCCAGACAGAAAGUCGGUUAUUUCUGGUGAUUGAAUAUGUGAAUGGAGGGGACUUGAUGUUUCAUAUGCAACGACAAAGGAAGCUCCCUGAAGAACAUGCAAGAUUUUAUGCUGCUGAAAUCUGUAUUGCUCUGAACUUCCUACAUGAAAAGGGCAUCAUCUACCGCGAUCUGAAGCUGGACAACGUUCUCUUGGACCAUGAGGGACACAUCAAGCUCACAGACUAUGGCAUGUGCAAGGAGGGGAUCAGACCAGGAGACACCACCAGUACUUUCUGUGGAACUCCCAACUACAUUGCACCGGAGAUCCUCAGAGGAGAGGACUAUGGCUUCAGUGUGGACUGGUGGGCUCUGGGCGUGCUGAUGUUUGAGAUGAUGGCUGGAAGGUCCCCAUUUGACAUUAUCACCGACAAUCCUGACAUGAACACAGAGGAGUACCUCUUUCAAGUUAUUCUUGAGAAACCCAUCCGCAUCCCAAGGUCUCUGUCGGUGAAAGCUGCCAGCGUGCUCAAGGGCUUUCUAAACAAGGAUCCUAAGGAACGGCUGGGUUGCCAGGUCCAGGCGGGCUUUACAGAUAUCAAGUCACACACAUUUUUCCGCAGUAUAGACUGGGACCAGCUGGAGAAGAAAGAGAUGACGCCGCCCUUCAAACCUCAAAUCUCUGAUGAGUACGGCCUCGAAAACUUUGACACCCAGUUUACUAAUGAACCAGUGCAGCUAACGCCGGAUGACGAGGACGUCAUCAAGAGAAUAGACCAGUCAGAGUUUGAGGGAUUUGAAUACAUCAACCCCCUGCUGCUAUCCACAGAAGAGUCUGUAUGAAGGAGAGGCCAGCUUCCUCCUUCGCCCACCAACUGUCUGUCCAAGCUGCCGUUUCAGCCAAAAAAAUCACUCGCAAGCCAACUCUGAAAGGCGAGGGAAAGGAGGAGGAAGAGUAAAGGACAACAGAGAGGACGAACUCACCCUCUGGACCUGUCAACAAGGCAAAGCAAACUGGAGGAGGGGAGAGUUUCCUUUCUGGAUGAUUCCGAUUGCGUCGUUUUGGGUACCAGACUGUUCUUAUCGGCAUCUACAAGGAAAACAGAGACACCGGACUACAACAUUCCCUGUCGUUACGUUGUCUUUUUUCUGCCUCAGCUUCAUUCAUUUCCCCCUCAGAAUGUCCAUCCUCGUGUCAAAGCAUGACCAGCUUUGUCAUUUCAAAAGAGACGUGUUUCAUUCUGUGCCUGCCAUCAUGAACACACUUCAGCCCGUCUCACAUCCCUGGAGGAAUAUGACAGUUCUGAUGAAGAACUUGAAAUGAUUUUAUGUGCACUUUUUUUCUAAAAAAACAAAGUUAAUUUCUUUUUUUUCUAUCUUGUAGGGGGGCAAUGCCUCACACAAAACAAGAAUGUACAAUGACAAAGGAAAAAUAAGUUAUUAUUGUGUAUUAUAAUGUAGGUAGUGAAUCCAAAAUUGACGAUGCCUUUUUAUUGAUGCAAGUGGCACAUUUUCAUCCAUAACCACAACCUUCCUUUUUUUUAAAAAAUCUUUUAUGAUUUUCUCAAACAAUGGGGGGGAAACACUAACAGGGAGACAACUUUUUAUUUAAGAAGUGCCUCAAAGAUUAAAUUAAUUACUGCGUCUCUGAUUGCACUUAUCUCUUAUUGGACAUUUCUUCACCCAUCAUGGCUUCAGCAGGUAAAGCAGCUGAAGCUAUGGCUGCCCGGGUCCAAACUCCUCCAGUUUGUAAAGGAAUCAGUAUGUUUGGAGCUCAGUAGCCUGCCUCAGUGAUGAAUCAGUUUUUUAAAAAAUCAGUGUGAAACAAAUUAUUUCCAAUCUAUGAAUUCACAAGGGCAGCAUCUAAGCAACAUUAGAUAUAAACCUAAAACUGGUGGCAACAAGAGACGAAAUGUAUUGAUAUUGAAAAGUAAAGAUUGUGUCCCACUUACCAGGAGUUUCACACGUUAUUAGUCUGAGAUUAUCAGAUGGCUGCUGUACAGCAAACACCACACAGCCCUGUAUGUCAAAACACGACAUAAUGGUAUAUGAAGGUAAUGGUAUUAGAGUAUACCGGACUGAAAAACAAAGCAUUCCAUGGGCUCCAGCUACCGCAGUGUGUACAGGCUUCCUGGCUGAGCUUGGGUUCUUCCUCACCAGCUGCCACUGUGUGACCAUCUGCAGCCGCUCAGAAAUACCAUGUGACCUGUUGGUUGUGCUGCCGUGACUCAUCUCCAUUUCCACUUUGGGCUCACUGUGUAUUUCCAUCUCUGCCCUGAGGCCGGUUCUAUCUGGUGCCACUAUCGCUCAGUGAUGCUUGAAUUGACUAGAUUGUUCCUUUGGUUGCGAAAGUCCACAUGAAACGUCAGUUAGGAAUCAUGUUAAAAUGAUAUUUAAAUGUGUUAUUCAUGUUGCUACAUUGCUAAUGGACUGGACUAUUGUGGUGACUCCAAAAGUUAUGAUCGUUCCCCCAGGUGGAGACAGGGAAGCCAAGGCUACAGUGACCCUAAAAUGAACAGAUGGAUGGAUGAAUGAAUGACAUGAAUGAUUCUUAGUCUUGCUUUUUAACUGUGUUGCCAUGUGUCCCGAUCUAAUGUUCUAAAUGUUUCCAGUUUCAGCUCACUGUAUUGCAUUUAGACACAGUUCUUUUACAACAGAUUGUGAUUUAAACUGAUGCAUUAAGAAGUUUUGUUAAGUAAAAAAUAAAGGUAAAACGUGUUUAAAUUCCCCUAAAGUAUCAGCAAGAAGUGUUGUUUUGGUACUGGUAUCAGUAUUGACCAAUUAAGGAGUCAUAAUAUCAGAAAUUUAUUCAUCAGUUCCAACUCCAUUUACUUUCCACAAUCUUCUGUCAGUUCUUGUUACAUUAUGCUGUGGAGGUUGGGGUCACUUGGAAUGUUCUGGCUGAGUUUAUUACCCGGUGCAAAGACAGACAAACACGUGAUAGAUUGAACUCUUAUGUCUGGGAAUCAGAGGCUUAGCACGCCUCUAUAAGCCAUCCAUGAUCUACACACCGCUUAAUCCUCAUCAGGGUCGUGGCAGGGCUGGAGUCUGUCCCAGCUGACUUAGGGUGAAGGUUCACCUGGACAGGUAGCAGUCUAUCACAGGGCUACACAUAGAGACAAACAAGCACACUCACCAAUUAACCUGAGGAUGUUUUUGGACUGUGGGAGGAAGCCGGAGAAUUUAGAAAAAACACACACACAGGGAGAACAUGCAAACUCCACGCGGAAAGAUCCCAGGCUGUGACACGAACCGGGGAUCUUCUAUCUAACUAGGUGACGGUGCUAUCCACCGAGCCACUGUACAACCCAUACACUUAUCAAUUCAUCCAAAUUAGAAUGUCCCACCUCCAGCUGCUGGUGCACAGUGGGUACACAAACAAUGAGAAGUCAUGAGUUUAUAAGUAAACGGUGAAGUUUUAGGCUGUUUCUAGUUCAGCCAACUUCAUAUACUGCCACCUUUACACACAGCAAACAACAUGCAACCAAAUGUGGGAGACUUGAACUGUUGAAUGGCUGGGGGAAAAAAAAUCAAACACAUACUCAUAAUACGUCUAUGAAUAUCGACUACGAGCACAAAUUAAAGCCACCAACAGAAGUCCUCGCCUCUGAAGCAAGCUCAGUGUCGCUCUCUACAUCUGUGUGCUUCCGAAGAAAGAAGCGCACUAUUGGCUGAGAAUUAUUUGAUGAAAUCUGACCUGUGCUAAUUUGAUAACCACAUAAUAGGAUUAAUUAGCUGAUCCCAUGUCAACGGGUCUCAAUUAGCUGGAGGGCCUUUACAGGCAGGGAAGAAGCAGAUAGAGAAAGGAGAGAUAAUGAAGCAGUUUCACAGUCACCAAUUAAUCCAACAGACACACACACACACACGCACACACGCAGCUAGAAAUCACUUCAACAUUUGAGGAAGUUUCCUCUUCUACCCUCCCAAACUCAGCUCAUUUGCUGCAUUGUAUUAAUGUAGUGUUUUUGUUGACCAUUUUACACACUAUGCGAUACAUUGAUGGCAUUUUUUUUUUCUUGAGGGACCAAUGGAUAAACUGGGAGUCCUUGAAUCCACCUAACCGAACACUAUAGGCCAUUCAAACACCAAUAGAGAAAUAUUCUUUAAAAAUGUAUGAAUUUAGACCAUGAUUUUUGGUUUAACAUAAUGCUGGUUGUAUCGGCUUCAUUUUGCUUUACUGCAUCUUUGUAAAUAUGUGUAAUUAUUAAAAAUGAUACUGGUUUUCCGUG